AUGGAGAGCUUAGGAGUUAGAAAGGGUGCAUGGAUCCAAGAAGAGGAUGUUCUCCUGAGGAAAUGCAUUGAGAAAUAUGGAGAAGGAAAGUGGCAUCUGGUUCCCCUCCGAGCAGGGUUGAAUAGAUGCCGAAAAAGCUGCAGGUUGAGAUGGCUCAAUUAUUUGAAGCCGGAUAUCAAGAGAGGAGAGUUUGCAUUAGACGAGGUUGACCUCAUGAUUAGGCUUCACAAUUUGUUGGGGAACAGAUGGUCCUUGAUUGCGGGUAGGCUUCCAGGGAGGACUGCUAAUGAUGUCAAGAACUAUUGGCAUGGUCACCAUUUGAAAAAGAAGGUUCAGUUCCAAGAAGAAGGGAGAGAUAAACCCCAAACACAUUCUAAAACCAAAGCUAUAAAGCCUCACCCUCACAAGUUCUCCAAAGCCUUGCCAAAGUUUGAACUAAAAACUACAGCUGUGGAUACUUUUGACACACAAGUAAGUACUUCCAGUAAGCCAUCAUCCACGUCACCACAACCGAAUGAUGACAUCAUAUGUUGGGAAAGCCUGUUAGCUGAGCAUGCUCAAAUGGAUCAAGAAACUGACUUUUCGGCUUCUGGAGAGAUGCUUAUCGCAAGCCUCAGGACAGAAGAAACUGCAACACAGAAAAAGGGACCCAUGGAUGGUAUGAUUGAACAAAUCCAGGGAGGUGAGGGUGACAUCAUAUGGUGGGAAAGCCUGUUAGCUGAGCAUGCUCAAAUGGAUCAAGAAACUGACUUUUCGGCUUCUGGAGAGAUGCUUAUCGCAAGCCUCAGGACAGAAGAAACUGCAACACAGAAAAAGGGACCCAUGGAUGGUAUGAUCGAACAAAUCCAGGGAGGUGAGGGUGAUUUUCCAUUUGAUGUGGGCUUCUGGGAUACACCCAACACACAAGUAAAUCACUUGAUCUGA